CCCUCUGCUUUUCGUUUCCUCUCUCUCUCUCUCUCUCUCUGUAUAAUGGCGUAGAUGCUCUUCGGGACUCUGAACUCGCCAACACGACUCACCUCGAGUCGGCCAAGUCUCCACCUCAGUCCGUCAGUCUAGCUAGUUCAUGGCGAAUAACCACCCAUCCGCCGAGGCCACCACUAACGAUGACUUCCUCGACCAAAUUCUCGGCAUCCCGACCUUUGGUUCUGCCGACCCCGGAGGCUUGCCUGUACCGGACACUGGAUUGUCCUCCGGCGGUCAUCCGCCUAUGAUGCUUCAGCUCAGCUCUGGCGACGGCUCCGGAGGGUUUCACGGGCAGGUAUUUCCGUUAGGGCUGAGCUUGGAGCAGGGAAAGGGAGGGUUUCUGAAGCCCGAGGAGGCCUCUGGGAGUAGCAAAAGAUUUCGCGAUGACCUCGUUGAUGGUAGAGCUUCUUCUAUGAAAAAUGUUUUCCAUGGCCAACCAAUGCCUACUACUGUUGCUGCAGCACCACAUCCACCAGCAAUGCGCCCAAGGGUACGGGCUAGACGAGGUCAGGCCACAGAUCCACACAGCAUAGCUGAGCGGUUGCGGAGAGAAAGAAUAGCAGAAAGAAUCAGGGCAUUGCAGGAACUGGUUCCUAGCGUCAACAAGACGGAUAGAGCUGCCAUGCUUGAUGAGAUUGUGGAUUAUGUGAAGUUCCUGAGGCUUCAAGUAAAGGUUUUGAGCAUGAGUAGAUUGGGCGGAGCUGGUGCAGUGGCACCACUUGUAACAGAUAUUCCACUAUCAUCAGUUGAGGAAGAAGGCAGCGAUGGUGGAAGAAACCAACCAGCGUGGGAGAAGUGGUCUAACGAUGGCACCGAACGUCAGGUGGCUAAGCUCAUGGAAGAAAAUGUCGGGGCCGCCAUGCAAUUCCUUCAAUCGAAGGCUCUCUGCAUCAUGCCUAUCUCAUUGGCAUCGGCCAUUUACCAGACACAGCCAUCAGACGCCUCUAGUAUUGUCAAGCCAGAAAGCAAUCUCCCUCCAUAGACCUCAUGAAGGAAAACACUUCCCUCCCUCCAUGGUCCCAUCGGAAACUCAUUAUAUGCUCCUUGGUCCCACCCCUUAUUUGUCAUUUUCAACCCCCCACAAAUUUAGUUGCUCACUCGGUUCAAAUUGCAAUCAAAGUCAGAUGCCAUGGUUCUUGCUUUGUCCCCCCCAUCCUUCUUUUAACUUUUGUCAAAACAGGGCUUGAUUUCAAUGCCCUAAAAAAUGCAAGCAGGCCCUUAAAAGUCUUGCCAGCUUCCAAGUAAAGGCGAAGAAUCGUCAAAAGCUCACUUGAUAUGCUUCUUUUUCUUUUUUCUUUUUUCUUUUUUUCUGUAUCAAUGGUGGGGAUGGUGGAAAAUGAUGGAAGCACUUUUGUAGUGGGGCUCUCAUUUAUGGGUAGUGCUUGUGGGACCUUCCAAGAGUGGUAGAGUGUGUUUCAAUUUGUAUAUCUAUUAACUCAUUUGAAGCGCUGAAUUGCAUUUAA